UUUACAGAGGAACAGCGCCUAGUAAUCAAUGGAAGAUUCGAUCAGCAAACUAUGUUUUGACCAAAGUGACUAUAUUUUGACCAGCGAUUCGUAUGCCCGUAUCCGUAUUCAAGCGUUGUUUCAUAAUAUAUAACGUUUGUUACAAACGGCAGGAAUGGCAGAAUCGGAAGAUCACAAGUUGUUAACCAUAGAUCAGUGGAAUGAAUGGUGGAAAAAGGAUUACGAACGUUCUAAAAGUAAAGGUAGCAAAGGCGGUGAUAUUUGCGAACAUGGCGACGAAGACAAUCCAUUUGAUCAGGCCAGCCCAAUGCUUAGAAAGCACAUCAAAUCUCUUUUACCAAACGCCAUUCGAAAGAGAAUAUUUCUUCCAUUGUGCGGAAAGUCACCAGAUAUAAAGUGGUUGAUUGACGAAGGGUACGAAGUGGUUGGAUUAGAAUGUUCUGAACACGCCAUUUUGGAAUUUUUUGAGGAAAAUUCAGUGGAAUUCGAAAAAUCGGUUUCAACAAAAGAUCACAGUUUUCGAGUGUAUACCGGAAAAACUGCGAAUGUAGUUAUAUAUGAAGGAGAUUAUUUUAAAUUCAAUUCGGAUAUCGCUGGUGGGCUGUUCGACGCGGUGUGGGAUUCGGCAAGCUUGAAUACAAUUGAGCUUGCCUCAAGAAAACCAUACGUCGAAAUUAUGCGGUCAGUCUUAGACAAACAAGCAAAAUACAUGCUAAGUGCAAUGUAUUUUGGCGAAAAGAGAACUUGGAUCAAUAACCCAUUCGAUAUUACGGAUGCGGACAUGACCGAACUUUUCGGCGAAUAUUUUACUUGGGAUAAAGUGGACGAAGAUGAUUCCGAGUGGGGACUUGAAAGAAUUUUCCUAAUAACAUUCAAAUAAAGUGAAAUUAUUUGAAUACGUGCCAGGCUCAUUGUUCCCUGUAAUUCCUGCAUUAUCUAAAUCAUUUUCAUCGACUAAUCUUAGCGACAUUGAGAACGCCUGUCACCUCACUUACAUUACAAUGUUUGUUAUGAAUUUUAGUAGAAAUACAACUAAAUUUAAAAAUCCUAUAUGGAUGUUUUCCAUUGAGACACUUUUGCCAGUUAUCACUCAGAAAAAUUUUCAGGCAUGGUUUAUAUUACCAAUUUUUCGUGGUUUUGCAUGCUACUUGUCAGUUUUUAGUUGUGUUUCCAAAAUUUAAGUAUAAAUCAAAUAACUCGAUGGUCAUUUCGUCGUCCCAAGACUGUUAUCGAGACUAGACCAGUGCUUCGCAAACUUUUUCUGUUCGCGACCCACCUUUAUUGGCGUUUUUGUGCGACCCGCAAUGAGAUGUUAAUGAAUGAGAAAAGAAACAAUGUAUCCACAAUCAUGCAAUUUACUAUUUAUGCGAAACUUGAGCUUGCAUAUUGGAUAUUAUUAGAUCGAGUCGAGGCUUGAUAGGAGACAAGCUCACACGCAAAGUAACAAUAACACUCAACACAUUGUGCUUUUGGCUCAAAAUCAUUUCCUGCCUCAAUGAAACCAUAUUUGAUGUAAUCAGAUUCAUAUUUUCUCAUUACAACUUUUCGAGCCUUCCCUUUUUU